AUGGCUGCUACCACCAGCUCUCAGAAUGGUACCAUCUUACAAUCCAACGGAACCUGCCCGCCACCUUCAAAUACAUCCAAUCGACCCUCAAAGUCUAUCAAGGGAAAAGGGAAAGCUGAUUGUGAAAGUUUGCCUCAAAAACUUCCAUCACAUCCUCUUCCAGUCCCACCUCCGUUACCACCGCCUUGUCUUGAAAACAUAACCGAUGAUGAAAAACUUCGAAAAAUCGCAGAAUUGGAUGAAAAAGAGCUAGGGCGGCAUUGGGGUCCUCAUCUCAUUCCACUUCAAAUAGUCAUUCAACGUACAAUUGCUCAAGUCUUUCGAGAACUACAACUAGUGGCUGAGACAUCGCCUUCAUUAGAUGACUUUGAGCGCAAGAAAAGGGUGAUCGAUUUCGUUAUUCAUAGUCGUCGGCAGAUUAUCAAGCUGUUAGUUCUCGUCAAAUGGUCGGCGAACGCGGGACCAACUCACAAAAUCAUGCAACAGCUGCAUAUUUAUUUCACUAUCGUCGGCUUUCUACAAAGGCAAAAUCAACAGUUUCAACGGACAGUUGAGAUCCUCAAAGCUUCCAAAAAUAGUUUCUAUUCUGCCAGAAUGAAGAAUUUUGAUAUCUCAACAUCAUUGCAAGUCCUGACUCAAGGAUAUCCAAAUCUCCCCGAAAGCUUGCUGGAGCGAUUCUCGACUAAACCGCGUUUAAAGAACUCAGAAGUAGCUCGACUGAUGCACAAUCUGGACAAUGCUAUUCGGUUUCGGUUAGGUGCCACGCGUGAAGUGCUACCAAAAGAAUUUCGGUCCUAUACCAUUGCGAAUGGCAGGGUCACAUUUAGAGUCAAAAAUAUGUUUGAAUGUAGUGCAACUCUCAGUGGAGGACAAGCCGACGCUAUAUGGUACCUUUUACACGUCAAGUUUCUCUUCAAGGUUCUCAACCCUCACGGUAGAGAAUUCCCGACCACAAUAUAUGGAGACGCCAAGCAACACAUCAUUGAAGCGGCCAAUCACGGCAUGGCUCACCGUUGUCUUCCAACACAGGCAGAUCCUGACCCCAAACCGCCUGCAAGACCACUGAUGAGGCUCUUUGCUUUCUUGCGCGAACUAAGCUUAAAUUAUCAACUUGAAUCUCUACAUUACCAGGCAUCUCAACUAGAGAGGACAGCCUGGUGUCCGCAUACCAGACUGUUCAUGCCCCCUGACAGAAGUAGUUUGACAAUACAUUACUGGUCUUACGCAAGACCACCACCAAAAAUCGUGUUGCGUGUUGGUCAGCAACGUCCCAAGAAACCUCCUCCCGUUGCGCAGGGCUCAAUUACUAUCAGGCGGAAAACCGAAAAGCAGGGUGUGACCAAGACUCGGAUCAGUGAUUUUCUGAAAGGCUAUCCGUUGAUGGAGAAGAAGCAGUCGGACAACGAAGACGAUGAUGGUGAUCACGGUGCAAGUUAUACCAAGCGUCUACAGGUUGUUUGGGUUCCAUUCGAAAUAUCUCAGCUGUCAAUCCCACCGCCACCCCCGCCUCCCACAGCAAACCAAACACGGAUACCACCCCCGGUUGUCCAUAAACCACCUACGAUUACUCCCCAGAUUUUGGAAAGUCUACUGAUUGAACCUAACAACGGUAUAUUAUUCAAACCUGACGGCAAGGGCGGACUUGAGCUCGAGGUCGAGUAUACUGAGCUUGAUCUAGAGCAUAUCAUCUUAAAGGCAGUACGAGCACAAAUGGAUUGUAUGCUACGGCGGGCGUACCUUCAGCUGGUUGCGAUGCCAACACCGGAAUGGCAUCCAUCCCUCAGUCCUUUGUUGCCUUACUUCCCAUCAGUGACCCCGAUUCAGUUCGAGCCUUUCCCAACUCCGCGCCAGGCGUUUCACAUCCCUUCCAGCUCUCCAUUAUGUCCUCAAGUUAAAGCGAUUCGAGUUGCAUUGCAUGGUCGACAUGUCAUCAAGGUCACUCUUGAUAAAUAUUCAGGUCGAUUCAAGAUUUUGCCUGUGUUGGUAGACCGCAUUAGUGAUUUUAAAGACAAGAUGGAUGGUGAUUUGGUGGUGAUUGGUGAAAAGGAGUUCGUCUCGGCAGACUACAGCUCGUGUUCUCGUAGGAUCAAUAUAAAUCCCCCAGGGAUGAAGAACCUUUUGAUCUACCUGAAAUCACAAGUUCUAUUGGAACAAGUCGAAGAUAAAGGCAUACGGAUGGGUUUGCGAGCUUUUCGUGAUAUGCCAGUCCAAUGGCGUGAAUUGAUUAUACAUUCACCUCGUGGAAUGAAUCGAAACGUACCACCACCAAUCUAUCAUCAUAUCUUUCCUAUGAUCACCUACUUUGAUCUACCUGGAUUUCCGGAUUAUUAUUUGACAAUCUUGGUUAAAGAGACUGGAUUUCAAUGUUCAUUGUCACUUCUUCGAAGUGUUGAUGGUAAAAGGAAUUUAACAGUUCAAGAUAAUGUUGAAAUCCUUGUACCUACAUUUGACGAAAAUGAAUUAGAAGAAGAUGAAGAUGGUAUCAAGGCACAGAUUGAUGACAAAUUCGUUCUCUCGCGUCGUCAGUUGAAAUAUAUCCAUCACCAGUCCAUGGUACAAGCAGCUAUUCAUUCAAUUUGUAAACAAUUACAUACAACUAAAGUGCCAUUCAGAAGAAUCUUACCAAUUCCUAUUAAGAUGAUGAGAAAAUAUGGACCAUUGAAAUUACAUCCAUCAUCACAACCUAUUGGAUUAUUAAUGUUACCUACUCAAACUUGUUUUAAAGCUGGUUUACUUGAUUAUCUUCAUCCUAAUUUUGCUAUCCGCGUUAGUGUUACACCUCCUAAAGGAAUUAAACUUAGUGGGAUAAAGACUGAUGAAAUCUCUACCCACACCCUUUGUGGUUACCUCUCGAUGAUAAUAGAUUGA